UUAUUUGUACUGAAGACAAUGUAAACAUGCCCUUAAAUAGUGUACUUGAUUUCCCCACUUGGUGUCUAAUCCCUAAAAGAGAAACUAAAAUAGAUUCAUUCUUACUUCAACAUCCUCAAUACGAUGGCAGUGGCGUGAUAAUUGUAGUGGUAGAUUCUGGCGUUGAUCCAGGAGCCGCAGGACUCCAGAAAACCCCCAAAGGUGACCCAAAAAUUUUAAGAAGAUUGGACUGCACCGGCUGUGGAGAUAUUCUUUUAUCAAAGCCUUUGGAACCAAUAAAUGGUUACAUAAAUGGCGCAACUGGAAGAAAAUUGAAAAUUCCAGAGAAAUGGAUAAAUCCUACUGGAUACUAUAGGGUUGGAAGUAAAAAUGUGUACGAUCUCUAUUCUAAAGAAACAAGACAAAAAGUUCAGCAGAAAUAUAAAGAAGAUUGGUUAAGACAGCACACAUCUCAUUUUAAUGAAGCAAAUAGAAACCUGGUUGACUUUGAAGAAAAAAAUACAAAUAUUAUAGAGUUAAAUAAUGAAGCAAAAUUCACCAAGGAAGACAUAGAAGCAAAGGUAGAAGUUUUAACAAAUAUUGAGAAGAAGUUUUCUGAUAUUGGUCCAACAUAUGACUGUGUAGUUUUCCAUGAUGGUUCAAAGUGGAAUGCAUGUGUGGAUAUAACUGAACAGGGAAAUUUAGAGCUAUGUAAAGUUUUAGGAGAAUAUGAUGUAACUCAUGAAUUUAUAUUUUUAACUGAGCUUGAUCACUUCAAUUAUUCUAUUAAUGUGCAUAAUGAUGGAAAGGUUUUGGAAUUUGUUGGAAUUUCAUCACCACAUGGAACCAAUGUAGCAUCUACAGCAGCAGGAUACUUUGAAGAAGGUUCAGACAAAAAUGGAAUUGCUCCUGGAGCACAAAUAGUUUCUUUAACUGUAUGUGACAAUCGUUUGAACUCUGCAGUGACUGGAUCAGCCCUUGUCCAAGCAAUAAUUGCAAUUGUCGAAUUAUCUAAAAAUAAACCAGUAAUUAUUCACGGGAGUUCUGGAUUACAAUAUGCCCAAAUGUCUUUGAGCACACAUAUUGGAGAGCUUAUAAAUGAAAUAAUCGACAAAUAUCGUUGCAUUUGGAUAGCUGACGUUGGUCACUAUGGCCCUGCUCUUAGCACAGUGACAUCACCUCCCAGUAUUGGUCAAGAUACUAUAAUUGGAGUUGGCUCUUUUGUAUCUCCAGAAAUGAUGUCUGCAGUCCAUUCCCUUCGACAAAAAUUAUCGGGAACGAUUUAUACAUGGUCAUCAAGAGGUCCAUCGAUUGACGGUAGUUUUGGAGUAAACAUCUGUGCCCCAGGAGAUGCAAUAUUCUCACAUCCUUCAACUUCCCAUUGCAAUUCUAAAUUAAAAGAAUGCGUCUCUGUAGCAUCAGCUUAUGUAACUGGUGCUAUAGCAUUGCUUUUGUCAGGACUUCUUAGAGAACAAAAGUACUUUACUCCUUAUAUUAUAAAAAGAGCUUUGGAAAAUGGAACUACAGCGCUGGAAGAUACUGAAACUUUUGCGCAGGGACAUGGUCUAUUAAACAUUGAAAACUCUUUUGAAAUUCUUACCAACUCAGACUCAUCACCUGAGCUUAGCGUUCGAUUUGAUAUUAGUUGUGGACCGAAUAAUAUUAAAGGAAUUUACAUGUUUUGUACAGAUGCCCAGCCAUGUCAAGAAUGGUUAAUAAAUAUUGAACCGAAAUUUACCGAGGACACAGCUCCUGUCGAGAAAAUCGAUUUCAAUUUGAAAUUAGUUUUAGAAUGUGCAGCACCUUUCAUUGAGUAUCCAAGAUACUUGAGUAUUGCAAAUAUGGCGAGAGCAAUUUUUGUAAAAGUUGACGCAAAAAAUUUAAAGUCUGGUGCUCAUACAACUAAUAUACAAGCCUACAACGCAUUGAAUAAUUCUAGGGGACCAGUUUUUAGAAUUCCAGUAACUGUUAUAAAGGCUAAAGAAAUUGAUACAAACAAUUACACUUAUACGAGUAAAAGAAAAAUAUUCGCACCAAACACAAUCAAGCGUUACUUCUUCAAAGUGCCUGAGAACGCUACUUGGGCCGUUUUCAAUAUGAACUGCUUUGAAUGUACCGAUGUAGGUCACUUCACAUUACAUUGCAUGCAAAUUUUACCAAUAAAGCAUUACAAAACAAUAGAAACAAAAUUUGAUCUGACUGUUUCAAGCAAUACAGAUAAUUUAAAGAGUUUUAAAGUAGAAGGUGGAAUUAUUUUGGAAGUAACAUUGGCUAAAAAUUGGAAUAGUAUUGGCGAUAUGAGUGUACAAUACUCGAUUUCUUUCUAUGGCAUUAAACCCAGCAAAUCGUCUAUAACGAUGCUUGCAGUGGAAGGAAUACAGAGAGUUGAUGUUACAACACUUAGAGGAGAAGAAAUUCUUCCUGCUAUCACAUUAAACAAUUCAAUUCGAAUUCUCGAAUCUACUGAAUCAAAAAUUAAACCCUUGAGUGUCAGGGACAUUAUACCACCAGGAAGACAAAUUUAUGAACUGGUUCACAGUUACAAUUUUAGUUUGGUAAAACCAGCUGAAGUUACAUUAGAAAAUCCAUAUCUAAGAGAUAUUUUAUAUCAGACCGAAUAUGAAUCUCAUAUGUGGAUGAUAUUCAAUAGUAACAAACAACUUUUGGGCUGUGGAGACGCAAACUCUACUGACUGUUUCAUUAAAUUAGGCAAAGGAAUUUAUACAGUUAAAUCACAAAUACGACACGAUAAAAAGGAAAAUUUGGAUAAAUUGGUUACUUUACCGAUGUUAUUAAAAAUGAAACUGAUUAAUCCGAUCACUAUGGAUGUUCACCCCACAUACAUUUGUGCGUUGUUAGGUGAGAAAAAGACUGAUAGAUUUCAGCGAUCCAAUUCUCCAUUUGCAGUGCCGUUAUUCAUAAGUCCCCUUAUAUCUGAAAAAUAUAACGUUAAAACUAACAAUACCGCCAAUUAUUUGUCUGGAACUGUUACAUUCGCCAAAGAUGAUCUGGGCAAAGUCGACACUUAUUCGAUAAGGUACAUGCUACACCGAAACGACAACAACAAAAAAAAUACAGAAAGUAAAGCAAACAAUAAAACGAAAUUGGACGAAUAUAAGGAAGCACUUAAAGAUUUAAAAAAUAAUUGGAUGAAAAAAAUGAACGAAGCCGAUGAAAUAAAGACGUUGUAUGAAGAAAUAGAACAAGGAUUUCCAAACGACCUACAGGUUCACAUAAAUAUGCUGAGAUUUUUACAACCUAUUGAUCCUAAGGUACAACUGCCUACUUUCAAGGAAGAUGAAAUUAACAAAUAUAAAAUAGAUGACCUACAGACUAAGGUUUUGCCUCUAUGCGAAAAAAUUUUACGAAAUCUAGACCAAGAUGAAAUUUUAUGCCACUAUGCUAGCAAAUUAGACAUAAAAGACAAUGUAAAACUACAAGAAUUAAUGAAAUUGAAGAAGAAUGCCCUUAUUGAGUCGUUAUGUCAUAAAGGCAUUGCUUUAAGCCGUUUAUAUCAAUAUUCACAAAAUAACGUAGAUGCACUGUUAGACUGUAAGCCCACAAAAGAUGAUAUUUCAGAAACUUGGGAGACAUUGUGUAAAUUUGUAGACCCAAAAGAGAAAAACGUUGAUGCAUCCGUUUUAUUAUUUGCUGCAUGGCAUGCAGCAAUAAAUAAACAUUACGGUCGUUUGCUAAAGUUCCUUUUAAAUUAUCAAGAAGAGAAAUGCAGUCGCGAAAUUGACGAAAAGUGUAUAGAAGUCUGUAAACUAUUAGAGUGGCAUCAUAUAUCAAAUCACAUACAAAGAAUAAUGCCUUCAAAAUAUCCUAAAGAGUAUAAACCUUUCUAAUGCAAGUGCACCUGUGUCUUUAUUCUAAUAUUAUAAUAAAUCGUUGGCUUAUAAAGGUGUUGAUUUUAAAAUUUAUUGUCUAUU